CCCCCCCGGCGGCGGCCCUUGGACUCGGGGCCGCGCCGAGCCGAGCCGAGCCGAGCCAUGGCGGUGCCGGGGCAGAACGUGGCCGUGGUGGUUCACCGCGCCGGGGACCUGCGCCUGGAAAACCGUCCAAUCCCAGAACCAGGUCCCAAUGAGGUCCUCCUGCGCAUGCAUUCCGUUGGGAUCUGUGGUUCUGAUGUUCACUACUGGCAGCACGGUCGAAUUGGGGAUUUUGUUGUCAAGGCUCCCAUGGUUUUGGGACAUGAAGCUUCCGGGACUGUCGUCAAAGUGGGCUCAGGGGUGACUCAUCUGAAACCAGGUGACCGUGUGGCCAUCGAGCCGGGUGUCCCAAGGGAAAUGGAUGAGUUUUGCAAAACUGGCCGCUACAACCUGUCCCCGACCAUCUUUUUCUGCGCGACGCCCCCCGACGACGGGAACCUGUGCCGCUAUUACAAGCACAGCGCCAGCUACUGCUACAAGCUUCCAGAUAAUGUCACCUUUGAAGAAGGAGCCCUUAUUGAGCCCCUCUCGGUGGGAAUCCAUGCCUGCAAAAGAGCAGAAGUCACUCUGGGAAGCAAAGUCUUUGUGUCUGGCUCUGGACCAAUCGGCCUCGUUAAUGURAUUGUUGCCAAGAUGAUGGGUGCAGCAGCCGUGGUAGUUACAGAUUUAUCUGCCUCUCGCCUGCAAAAAGCCAAGGAGGUGGGGGCAGAUUUCACCAUUCAGGUGAAGAAUGAGACCCCGCAGGAGGUGGCUUCCAAAGUGGAAAGUGUGCUUGGCUGCAUGCCUGAGAUAACUGUGGAGUGCACUGGAGUGCAAGCCUGUAUCCAGGCUGGAAUUUAUGCCACUCGUUCUGGUGGGACUUUGGUGCUGGUGGGGCUGGGGCCUGAGAUGGUGACGGUGCCCAUCGUGAACGCUGCUGUGAGGGAGGUGGAUAUCCGCGGGAUAUUCCGCUACUGCAACACGUGGCCAGUGGCCAUUGCUCUGCUGGCCUCCAAAAGGAUCAAUGUCAAGCCCUUGGUUACRCACCGCUUCCCCCUGGAGAAGGCUCUGGAGGCCUUUGAGACCACCAAGAGGGGCGAGGGGGUCAAAGUCAUGCUGAAGUGUGACCCCACUGAUCAGAGCCCCUGAGCUGUCCCAGUGCCCAGCCCUCAUCCCUGCUGCUUGUAACUAGAAAAUCACAUGUAAUGAGGGUGAAUGGCACUGGAACACAGCAUUAGAGCAUUAACAGGAAACUACAAAUGGACAGCCAAUAGUUUGAAUCAAAAUGCUGGGAUAGACAUGAUGGUUUGCACAGUUGGUGGCUCUUCUCCACAGAUCCCACAUGCAGGAGAGCCUGGCCAGGUAUUUUUGGGCCGAGGAGGGUGUCACCGUUGUGUGGUGCAGCAAAGGUGGAGGUGCUGGCACUCCAUCUUCCCACCCUGCAUGGCCCUGGCUGCAGCAUUUCCUGCAUGGCAAUCCCUGGAUGCCAGAUCUCUGUGUGAAUAUCCCCUUGUGGGUGCUCAGGGACUGUUCAGCCUGUGGAACAAAGCCUGGCCAUCCCCCUCCUUGGGAAGCACUGCCACAUUCAGGUUAUUCUCUCMGUGCUCUUAGCAAAGCUCACAACCUGGGUUUUUUGUGAAACUUGGGGGCCAGCUGGGGGCCACAYCUGCUAUGUCACCCCCAACAGCUCCUCCUGGGACCACUACACACAGGGAAACUGGGACUGCUGAGAGCACUGUCCUCRUGUGGCUCCCAUGAGGGGGCUGCUUUUGACAUGGAGGGGAGCACGGGUGAGACAUGAGGGGACGGCUUUGCUCAAAGGUUUUACCACUGUGAACGAAUCAUAAUUAUUUGAGAGUAUCAAGCCUUCCUGCUGAGUUUGUGAGCCACAAAGAAGGUACUAACAAGGUACCAGGUCAUCAAGAAAAUCUAAUCUUUAAUUACAGUCAUGUUAAUUUUAGUAYGGAGAGAUCAGUUCCUUCCUUGGGCUGGUACUCAACUUUCCUCAAUAAAUGCUGGCUAACUGAGACCUUC